AUGCAAGCGUGUAACGCCGCUGGUUGUGGUCCGUUCUGUAACGCUGUUAAAGCGGCGACGUAUUCGCGACCUCCGCCGCCGCCGACCUUGGAGCUGAUGACGUCGGCACACAGCUACCUGAAACUGAAGUGGCUUGAUCCGAAAUCGGCGGUGUUCAACGAGUCUUUCACGUACGUGGUCGAGAUGGAGAACAAGAACGGCACGUUUUCGCCGGUCUACGAGGGUUCCAGCAAGACGUGUAAGGUGACGCGCCUCAGCGAAUGUUCGUCGUACAAGUUCCGCGUGCGGUCCGUGUCGUCCACCGGUGGUGUCGGCAGCUGGUCGGACGUGUUUCACUUUCAGACCACCAAGCAACUGCCUCCGGCCAUCAAAAGCUCGCCCAAGGUGCUGAACAUUACCGAAAGCUCGGCGCUCGUCGAAUGGUCCCCCGUCAAGAUGAACCUGGUCGCCGGCGACAGGCUCGGCUACUGCGUGCAGUUGGCGUCGUCGUCGCCGAUCGGCCGUUCGUCGGUCGCCGAAGACUUCCGAACGGUGUACAAAAAUUUUGGAACCAGUUACCAAAUUAGUGGUCUCCGGCCUUCGACCACCUAUCGAAUCCGGGUUCAUGCUGUGCGCUAUUGCUCGAACAACACCAACGCGUCACCGGCGCCGGCGACCAGCAACAAAUCUGACGAGCAGAUUACCGAGCUGGUCGGCUCUCCCGUUACUGUGACCUUCAGCACCGCAUCGCUUGCUGCGAUACGCAGGUACGAGUUCCGCGUUGUUGUAUUCUCUUCCGGAGACGAUUGUAUCGAGUUUCUGCGUCACCAAAAUUCACCAGCGAAUCCUGUGUUCACAGAGUUAUAG